UUCAAAGAAAACCUACAACCGUCUCUUCAUUCUUUUUCUCUCUGUCGUGAAAAGAGGUCAGCCGCAGCCCCUCCCCCUUUUCGUUUCAGUCCCGGCACCGGCGCUGCCACCUAGCAGGGAGACGGAGACCCACGACGCCUUUCCCUUCCAGCGACGAGCACCUCCGAUUUUGCGACCCACACGAACCUGCCCAUUUAAAGCUUGCAAAUCCUCUGCUCUACACGUUCCAGCAGCGUUCCAGCGACGUCUCUCCCAUUUCGGCGAAUUUUGGAUUGAGCGUAUUCAUACACGGUUAAGUUAGGAUUCAAGUCUAUUUAGAAAGAUGGGUAGAAGAAGGGUGCAAGAAAGAUGAUUGUAAUUCGUUUUCUCUGAUACUCCAAUGGGUUUUCGUCGAUCUCUCAGUUCCCUCCAAAGAUUAUUUCCAAGAACAAGCUCUUUCCAGUAUGCAUCAGCAAGAUCUUUUUCUUGUUCAAAAACAAUCACUAGAAAUCAAACUUCAAUCUGCAUUUCAUCUCGCUGUAAUGAGCAUUCAACUUGGCCUAUUCUGAAUCGCGAUUACACCUCUCAACAUUCCACCCAUCAUGGUAACGAGCACAGCAAACAGGAUUUGGAAGCUGGCCAAAAAUCUAUCAUGGAAAGUGAUGAAAUCACCCAGGAUGCUGAAAAGUUUUGUAAGUUAAUAUCAAAAAACCCCAAUUCUUGCAUUGAAUCGUUGCUUGAUGGUGCUGCAUUGGAGUUGUCGCCUGCUCUGAUUGAGGAGGUGUUGAAGAAGCUAUGCAAUGCGGGGUUUCUUGCACUUUCGUUCUUCAGGUGGGCAGAGAAGCAGAAAGGCUUCAAACACACUACAGAAAGCUACAACUGCUUAAUUGAAGCAUUGGGUAAGAUCAAACAGUUUAAUGUGAUUUGGAAUUUGGUGAGUGAUAUGAAACGCAAAGGAAUUUUAAGUAGAGAAACAUUUGCUUUAAUAACUCGGAGAUAUGCCCGAGCUAGAAAAGUUAAGGAAGCAAUCGAGUCAUAUGAGAAGAUGGAGAAGUUUGGAUUUCAACUUGGAGUAUCAGAUUUCAAUAGAUUGAUUGACACUCUAUGCAAGUCCAGAAACGUUAAGAAAGCACAAGAGGUGUUUGAUAAAAUGAAGCAUGGAAGGUUCAAACCUGAUAUUAAGUCCUACACGAUUCUUUUAGAAGGAUGGGGUCAGGAUCAGAACUUGUUGAAGUUGAAUGAGGUUUAUAGGGAGAUGAGAGACAACGGAUUCGAACCCGAUGUUGUUACUUUCGGUAUUCUUAUCAAUGCACAUUGCAAGGCAAGGAAGUAUGAUGAAGCAAUUCGGUUGUUUCACGAUAUGAAAGCGAAGAAUAUCAAGCCAUCACCUCAUGUGUUCUGUACCUUAAUCAAUGGUUUGGGUUCUGAGAAGAGACUGAAAGAAGCUCUAGAGUUUUUCGAACAGUUGAAGUUAAGCGGCUUUGCUCCGGAGGCACCGACUUAUAAUGCUGUUGUGGGGGCUUACUGUUGGUCAAUGAAGAUGGCGGAUGCAUAUAGGAUGGUAGACGACAUGAGGAAAUCUGGCAUUGGUCCUAACUCGAGGACGUAUGAUAUCAUAUUACAUCAUUUGAUAAAGGGUAGGAAAUCAAAGGAGGCUUAUUCGGUUUUCCAGAGAAUGAGUAGGGAGCCUGGGUGUGAACCAACUUUGAGUACAUAUGAAAUUAUGAUAAGAAUGUUUUGCAACGAAGAAAGAGUGGAUAUGGCGAUUCAGAUUUGGGAUGAAAUGAAGGCUAAAGGAGUUCUUCCCGGAAUGCACUUGUUCUCAAUGUUGAUUAAUAGGUUGUGCCAUGAGAACAAGUUGGAGGAUGCUUGCACAUACUUUCAAGAGAUGUUGGAUGUUGGUAUUCGGCCGCCAGCAACCAUGUUUAGCAAUUUGAAACAAGCUCUUCUUGAUGAUGGUAGAAAGGAUACUGCUUUGCUUUUGGCUGAGAAGAUCAAAAAACUGAGGAAGACACCGUUGGUCGGGUGAGUUGAGGGUUCUAUUUGAUAGUUACUUGAAAGUUUGGUUUGAAGAGAUGACUCCUUGAUUAUAGGCAAUGAUAUAAAAACAUAAUUAUGUCAAGGAACUCAAAGAAUUUUGACACUUCUAACUGAUUAAUGAUCUUGCAUAUGAAUGUCUCCUUUUUGUUCUAAA